AUGGAGAACACCAAACAGCGUCUCAAAGUUCUCAAUUCAUACAUGGUUGAAAGUAAUCAGCCAACCAUUGAAGCAUCCUCUGAUUAUAUUAGUUAUGAGACUGGAGCAUUUACGAGUCCAAUGUAUUUGGCUGAUCGAGAUGGAUAUGCGACACGAUUUGCAAAGGAAGCAGAAAGUAUACAGAUAUUGCAAGAAAUCAAUGAACGAGGUGAAGCCUUCAUUCAUACUCUCUACACCUAUCGUUCCAUUUCACGUGCUCUUCCACAAGUACAAGCCGAUGCUGAUAACAAGGCUGAACUCUAUCGUAAAUUCUUUGAUGUGUUAGAGCCUGAGAUUCGUAAAAUUAGAGAUUUGAUGGCAUUCCAUAAUGAAACAGUCAAAACACUCACUCGAAUCAUUGUAGAAAUGGUUUCUAAUGAGAAGAGAAAGGAAAUUCCAAGUGAGACCAUGUUUGAUUACUUGAUUCAAGUCUUGGAUACCAUUCUCAAAUUGGAUGCUCUCAAGAACAUGAAAGCAGCCAUCAACAACGAUAUGGCCACCGUGAAGAGAGCCUCACAAUUCAUGGAUAAGAGUGGACUCACUCCAGAACAAUUGAAUUUCUUGGAUACAAAGAGUGAAGAGAAUGCCCUUCUCUAUUCCUUCCUCUCUAAUAACAAUUCAAUUAUAUCCGGUCUCAAAGAUGCUCUCAUCAAGAAUGCAGGCUAUGAGGACAUUAUCAUUCUACUCAUUGAGAGAUGUGCUGAUAAUUUUGAACAAGGACAAUAUCUAUUCUGUGAUCAGAAACACUCAUUGCUUCGUGUAUUGGUAUUUGGUAUCUAUCUCAUUGAUAACAAGGAUACCUCCAAGAAUAAUUAUUUGAAAAAGAUUGGAAGCAAUUCCUUAUCGAGAUUUUACAAAUUAUUUAAAUCCUAUCCAAAUAUUCCAUUGUAUGGUGAUAUGACCUUCUCAAUCAAGACUGUACUCAAGAAUUGCCCAAACUUGUCAGAAAAGGAUUGGAUACUCACAGCAAAGGAAGAGGAACAAUUGGCCAAACAAUUCCUGCUCAUUCAUCGUAUUCCCAAAAUGCGAUACGAUUUCCAGACCUUCACAAAGAGUUACAAACUUCAUAUCAAUCGAAUGAAGAAAUUGAUCAAAGACUCUCCAACCAAUCAAGAAUUGCUCACCAUCAUUCCUCAACCCGUACGAGAGAAGGCUAAGGAAAUUACUGAACAAGGCUUGAGAUUGAUUGCUUCAUGGACCACCGCUGUGUUGGAACAAUGUGCAUGGAAAUACUCCCAUCCUAUUGAGGACGAACAGGCACGUCAAAUGAAACAACGCCAAGAAUCUGAUGAUAAUUUGAGUGUUCUUUUGGAAUAUGAGCGAGUGGUUCGUUUCAAUUACGAUAAGGAUGAGCGAAGUGCAUUGGUCGAUGCCAUCUCCAUGAUCAAAGGUCUAGAGAAUAUCAUGUUGCAACAAAAUGCCAUGAUGGCUCCAUUGAUUCGUUCCGAAAUCCACUAUCAACUCCAACAAUUCAUUCAAAUGGAUUUACCAGAGUUGCUGUACCACACCAAGAAUAAGCAAAGACCCAUUUUUCCAACCGUACUCGAAUUGCGUAAUUUGGCGGGUGAUUGGCUUCAAGACCCACCACAAGAAAUCACCAAACCCAACAAAAAGAAGGGUGAAUCUUCUGUGGAUUUCCCAAAGAGAAUUGUUGGUCCAUCAUUUACACAGCUUCACAUGAUUCGUUCCAUUGUCUCAACCUUGUACUCUGAGAGAAGUCCAGGUAUGCAAAAAUCAGGUAUCUUCUCCAAGAAGGACUUUAAUGAUUCUCAUGUUGAAAUUCUUCGUGAUUUCUAUAACAAGACCUACAUGUGGAAUUACUUGUUGGCCUACUCUACCUCAUUCAGACGUGCAGCUGAUUUGGCCGAUUUAUGGUAUCGUGAGUUCUAUUUGGAAAUUUCUAAAAAGAUUCAGUUCCAAAUUGAAAUGUCCUUGCCUUGGAUUCUCACCGAGGAAAUUCUCAAGAGAACCAACAGUGCACUCAUGGAGUCAAUCAUUUAUCCAAUUAAUAUUUACAAUGACGCUGCCUAUCGUGCACUCUUUGUAUUGAAACGUAGAUUCUUGUACGAUGAAAUUGAAGCCGAGGUGAACUUGGUGUUCGAUCAAAUGAUUUACAAAUUGAGUGAAUCCAUUUACAAACACUACAGAACAGUGGCUCUUGGAAUUUUGUUGGACAACAAAUUGAGAGUUCCAUUAGAGAAGGACCCCAAUGUCAAGUCCAAUUACAAUUUCACAUGCAGCAAAUUCGAUGUUUUGCUUCUCCAAAAGCACAUUAACAUUUUAGGAAGAUAUAUCGAUUUGAAUUACAUUAUUACACAACGUAUGAACAUUAACAUUAGAGAAAAUAUCUUGGCUCUCAUUAAGAAAUUUGAGUCUCAAGAAUUGACUGGCAUUGUUGAGUUGGAAGUCAUGUUAGAAAGUGUUAAAAUCACACACCAACUUCUUUCAAGACAUUUGGCUUUGGACUCUUUUGAAAGUGUCUUUGCUGAAGUCAAUGAUAGCACCAGUGUGGUUUCAUUUGAGAGUCGUAUUGCAAGACACAUUUUGGAAGAAUUGGUGAUGGACUUCUUCCCUAAUUAUUGUUUCAAUACAGUCACUCAUCGAUUCGUUCGUAGCAAAUAUACAUACAGUGACUUGGAAUACAAGAGAGAGAAUUAUAAGAUUCGUUCUUUGCAUCAAUAUGUUACUGCUAGCUUCUCUGAGGCAUUUAUUCCUCUCUUGGAUCAAUAUAAGGAAUUUAUUGGUCGACCUCAUAUGGAGAGUAUGAUUCGUUUGGUCGGACAGGAAUCUCUUGCUCUCAUUAUUGAAUCAAGUAUUACUUAUAUUGAAGACAAACUCUACAACGACAUGUCUCCAUAUAUUGGUGCCAUGAUGGAAGCCAUUCCUCCAAAGAUUACUCUCCAACCUGCUGCCUACAAACUCAUUGGUGUCUAUGCCUACUUUACGGCUCAAUUUAGAGAUUUCUUGGAAUAUGAAGAUUUGAAGGGAGGUGUGUUCCAAGCCUUUAGAUCCAUUGGUAAUUGUAUUUGUUUCUUGCUUUUAAUUGAUUCAAGCAUGAUGCCUCAAAACAUUGCAACCUAUAUUGCCAGUGCUCCAUUCUUGGGUAUUCGACCAUUGACAAAGGGUGCCAAACAAAAGAGAGCUGAGAAAUUACAAGAGGAGAUGGACUCUGAGGAUGAUUUUGCUCAACAACAAGAACAAACACGAAAUACUUUAUCAAGAAAAGGCUCUCGCUACGGACUCACUAGCGAACACUUAAUGUCUGAAGAUUUACUUCAACUUCAAAAAAUUACCGAUUAUUACAUUCGUAAGGAUGUGGAUCAUGCUCCAUUGACUUCUACCAUUGCUCAAUUCGUGAAUGACCCUCAGGUUCAACAAAAUAUUCAUGCUCCAGAAUUGUCCAAGAAGUUGACUGAACAAGCAACUCGUGCCGUGAAAAUGUAUCAACCUCCUCGUGAAUUGUUGUCCCUCUUCAAACAAUUCUUGGAGAGAAUGAGUGGUUUCCUUUCAAACGUAAGAGAGUCAUGGAAGGGUACUUCACCUCCUGAUCGUUUGCAAAAGUUGGACUCUUCCAAAGAGUUUUAUCGUUUGUGGGGUGUUUUGCAAUUCGUGUUUUGUAUUCCUCCUGAAGUUGCUAAUGAGCCAAGCGAUUUUGAAGUGUUCGGUGAUGGUUUCUUCUGGGCUGGUUGUACGAUUGUCUACUUGUUCCAACAACAUUUGAGAUUUGAUGCUUUCAACUUUUCAGAUCACGUCUUGAAUAUUUCAAACAUCUCCAAGGAAGGUAUGGAGAAGUUGAAGCCUUUCCUUAACAAUGCCCACAUCAUUCGUUCCAUCAACAACCGUGUAUUCAAUUGUCUUCGUUCAUAUUACCCACUCGUUGAUAACACUCCUGAUGAUUACACUCCACCAACAGAUGAAGACUUUACCAAGGUGAGAGUGGUGGCUACGGUAUCCACAGACAAUACUUCUUCCUUCUCUUCUUUCAGACAAUCACCUGCAAGUAAUAGUAAUACCAUGUCACCAUCAUCCUCAUACUCGCAACAACCACCUCCACCACCUCCGUCUCAACCAAUUUACAUUGAUCAAGGUUUUGAGGCGAACACCUAUUCGUCAUCUCCAUCUUCAUCCAAUUCUCCAAGUUUCGGUGUACCUCCUCCACCACCAAAAACUGAGAUACCUCCUCCAGUGAGAAUGGGAGGUGGUGUUCCUCCUCCUCCACCAAAAGGUUAUUAA